CGUCUCACCGGAAGUCUGACGUCGCACAGCAUUAUGUCAAAAAUAAAAAUCUACAUUCGAGGAAGUCAGAAGGUUACUGGAGCUAAAGAUUGAAGAGUGGAAUUAGACAAAUAUUGUCGUUUGUCGAAAAUAACCUCUAUCGAAAACCCCUGAAGACCACUGCAAUGGCCGAGGAAAACAUCUUCCUUUUCGUUCCGAAUUUGAUCGGCUAUGCCCGCAUCGUGCUGGCUCUGCUUGCCUUCUACCUGAUGCCAUGCUGCCCCGUACCAGCUGUGUUCUUCUACCUGCUCAGUGCCCUCCUGGAUGCCUUUGAUGGGCACGCCGCCCGCGCCCUCAACCAAGGCACUAAGUUUGGUGCGAUGCUGGACAUGUUGACAGACCGCUGUGCCACCAUGUGUCUCCUGGUCAACCUGGCUCUGCUUUACCCCUCCUACACCUUCCUCUUCCAGAUCAGCAUGAGCCUGGACAUCGCCAGCCACUGGCUGCACCUGCACAGCUCAAUGAUGAAGGGAUCCACCAGCCACAAGGCCAUUGAUCUAUCUGGAAACCCCAUUCUUCGCCUCUACUACACUUCUCGUCCGGUGCUGUUUGUCAUGUGUAUGGGGAACGAGCUCUUCUUCUGCCUGCUCUACGUCUCCUACUACAUUGAGGAACCCCAUGUGUGGCUGCAGUGGCUGCUUGGUGUCUGUGCCGUGGUGUGUGUGCUGAAGUCUGCCAUCAGCGUUCUGCACCUGAUCACUGCCUCCAGGAACAUGGCUGCCAUCGACGUGUCCGACCGUGAGCGGGAGAGGAGCAAGGCCGAGUGAGAGGAGGGGGGAGGGGAGGGGGCUCUUAAUCCCUUGGUACGUGUGUAGAUCUGAGAGGAUGGGUGUAACAGUUUGGGAACCAAUCCACCUUGUCCUCUGAUAGGCUAGGUCCGUCUUUUUUUUUCCCCCUGUUUUGCACCGACCCAAUCCUCUCGGAUCUACUUGAAUGCCUAGGGGUUAGAGGUCGAGUUUGGAUAAGGCAAAGAAGAGGGGCAGAGAGAGAGAGAGGGUGUAGGAGGCUGUAAAUGGGAGCAUCUCAAUAGUCUAAAGUGGCUUCCUUUCCUUGUGUCCUUCCAUCUGCACUGAUCUGAAAACAAGCGAUUGGUGAAAACAGUAAGGUGGAUGCCUACAAGUCAAUACUGCUUACCCAUCCAGGUAUUUCACAUCAGACGAGAGAAAGGAUUGGAGAUGAGGAGAGGAAGCCACUAGACUAUUGAGAUGUACCCUGUGUCCCAAAAGUCUCAAAUAACCCACUUUUCUUAGUCGCCGCUUGAGCACUGAUAGGAAAGGACAUUGAAAUCAUUGGGUGGGAAAAAAACAUUAGUGAUAUCGAAGGGAAGGAGACAAGAAAAUUAAGCAAGGAAAUGAGGAUAUUUGAGAGGAUUGGGACACAGACAGAAAGCAGAGUCAGAGUUGUUCUGUUUGUUGAAUAGAGUUGAAGGUGUGAGAACAAUUGUGUGAUGUAGCAAAGAUGGAGGUAAGCUUAGUCAGGGACCUUUUUAAAAACCAAACUGAUGAUGGCUAUUUAUUUUAGUUAUAAGAUUGUACCAACUUAAACCUUCUGUUAUCAAGCCUACUUGUAUAGUAUUGUAAGCCUGACAUUAUAACUGGUGUCAAAACUUGAAAAAGUAAACCGUGGUGGUAUAUUUUUGUACGCGAGCAAAUCAUUGCAGGCUUUAAUAUUCACAAGCUAACUAGCCAACACGAAUCACUUUCCACCACACCUUAUUUAGUAGACUUCAUAACCAAGGGUUUGAGCGAUGCGUGUUAUCUUGAAAUACUUUUUUUUUUUUUUAAAGUGGUAACGUCCCAAGUCACUACUAUUGAUGUUUCUAUUAAUAUUUAAAUUCCUAUGUUUUUAUUAUUCUCUGUCGCCAUCAUCAGUAACGAUUUGAAAUCGUUGCACUAGAGAUGUCGUUCACCAUCCGUUAACUUGUUAUCUUGACAAUUGAGUCUUUGCAGCUUUUACUUGACCUUUUUUGGUUCUCAUUAUUUCUUCUUUUUUUUGACUGGUAAUCAAAGCCAAUUACAUUUUAUUUGUCACAUGGACCAAAUACAACAGGUGUAGGUGCUUACUGUGAAAUGUAGAAGUUGCCCAGGCCACAGAUCUAGGAUCAGACUACCCAAAACACAACUCUUAACCUUGACCAUCAGGAGCAUAUCUGACCCUCAACCAGUGCUUAGCUGCAACUUGUACCAACUGGUAAUGGUAGGGGCGCAACUUUCAUUGGGGACAUGUGUCCCCCCCCCCCGCCUCCGAGCGGUCGGGUAGACUGUUUGGAGUGUUUAUCCGACAGAAUCCAAAAAUAUAUAUAAUAAUAAUAAUUGCCCCCCCCCACUUCUAAAACCAAAGUUGCGUCCCUGGGUAGUGGUGACUGUAGAGGUGGUGUUGGACUUUUACGUUGCAGAGAUGAUUGGGUGGGGAAGCCGCACACACUUUAGACGCAUGCGCACACCUUUUUUUGCAGACACGUGUGUGUAUACACACACACCCACGCGCUUGCCACACACACACCCACGCGCUUGCCACACACACACAUACUCACGACACUUGCUUACAGACAUGCAUUCAUCUAUAUUGGGCACAUUCCUUAGCUCAAGUGAAGACCACCUGAGUAUUAUGUUUUGAGUGUUUUGUUAUAAAUAUUAUUCGACGAGCUUUUCUAUCAUCACUGUGUGACCGUGUGUACUAUAUAUAUAUAUAUAUAUAUAUACUGUGGCUGAUCUGUUUUAUCGUCAACCAUUAGAAACUAGGUUUGGAGUGGGGCGACGUUGCUAUCAGCCAGGUGGCGUCAAAGGUCUCUAGUUCAUUUGAGUUCAACAAGACGUUUGGGAGAAUGUGCUGUGUACUUUGGGUCAUUGCGAAGGUGGGAGGGAGGAGCACAAAAAAAACAAAAAAAACAAAGCCAUGUAAGAUCUACGAUAACCUCUGCAAAUACUUUGUGGGUGUCCGUGUAAGAAAGAUGUUUUUAGGUGUUAUUUCCAUGCAGUGCCUCCGGCUUGCAGAUAUUGUUCAGAAUGUCUUUGUCAACGGUAAUAGAUGGAAAAGGUAAUAAAAGACAUCUUUGAACCAA